AUGAGUGUAGUGGAAGACGAUGGGCCCAAGUCCGCGAAAAAGCUGCAAGACGAUGAGCAACAAAUCCUCACGCAGCAAAUCGCCGGCGCGACCAGCUACUUGAGCUCGACACGUUUUGUGUGGAGCUGCACCAGUUCAUGGGAUGGCAUUAUCCUUAUUGUCAGUGCCUUGGCGGCAAUUGUGGGAGGAGCCGUAACUCCUGCGGCGAUGAUCCUCGUCGGGCAAAUGGGCCAGUCCUUUCGCGGGUACUUCUUGGGAGAAACGGAUGGCUCUGCCUUUCAGGCGCAGGUCAUCCAGACCACCUUGCUGUACGUCUACUUAGCCGCGGCCGAGUUCGUCGCCAUCUACAUCGCCACCGUUGGGUUUACCAUGUCUGGAGAACACAUCGCUCAGCGCAUCCGGGAACGCUACCUUGCAGCCGUUCUUCGCCAGAAUAUCGCAUAUUUCGAAGGUAUAGGGGUGGGGGAAAUCGCAAACUGCAUAACCGCCGAUACAAACCUGAUACAGGACGCUAUCACGGGAAAAGCGUCGCUCACCCUGUCGGCCAUUGGGUCGUUUGUGGCAGCCUUUAUCAUCAGCUUUGUGCAGAGCUGGCGCCUGGCGCUUGUGUUGCUCCCGGCGGUUGUCGCGAUAGUUGGCUCUAUGAGUAUCGGCGCGUCUUUUAUGGUCAAGUACACUAUACGCAGUCUCGGAUCGUACAGCCAAGGCGCCAGCAUCGCCGAGGAAGCCAUCAGUUCGAUCGUGACCGUGGCGGCGUGCGGGAUGCAAGAAACGCUGGUUCAGCGGUACGACCAGCAUCUGAUCACGGCUCGAAAGGCAGGCUUGAAAUCUGGAAUCUCGCUCGCAAUCAUGAUCGCCCUCAUGAACGCCGCCAUCUUCUGGUCGUACGGACUGGCGUUUUGGCAGGGCUCUCGCUUUCUGGUGGUGGAUCAGGUUAAUUUGGCGAAUAUUUUGACGAUCCUGUAUGCAACCAUCAACGGCGCGUUUGCCUUGGGGAACGUGGCUCCUUAUGCACAGGCUUUUGUCAGUGGAGUGGCAGCCACCCAAAAGAUCUCGCAGACUGUUUCUCGACGGUGCAAGCUGAUCGAUCCCAGCAUGUCCACGGGUGAGAGGCCAUUGGACACAGUCGGGCGCAUUGAGCUGCGGAAUGUCAAGCACGUGUAUCCCUCAAGGCCCGAGCUGACGGUGUUGCAUGGCUUGGAUCUCAUCUUUGCAGAGGGAAAAAUGACUGCUAUUGUUGGACCAUCCGGCUGUGGCAAGAGCACAAUUGUUGGACUGCUCGAACGAUUCUACGCACCGGUUGGGGGUGAGAUCGUGCUUGACGGACGAGACAUCACGACAUUGAAUCUCAUAUGGCUGCGGCAGCAGAUUGGGCUCGUUAGCCAAGAACCAACCCUUUUUUCAACAACCAUCUUCGAGAACAUCCGAUAUGGCCUCAUCGGGACAAGCGUCGAGGACGCUCCCAUCGGAGAGAUCGAAGAGCUGGUCUUCAGCGCGGCGAAAACAGCCAACGCAUACGAAUUCAUCACAGAACUUCCCGACGGGUUUCAAACGCACGUGGGAGACCGUGGAUCGCUGUUGUCCGGUGGUCAGAAACAGCGCAUUGCCAUUGCGCGUGCAAUUAUCAAAAACCCUAAGAUUCUUCUCCUCGACGAAGCAACCUCGGCGCUGGACGUCAAAUCCGAACGGCUAGUGCAAAAGGGGCUGGAUAACGCAGCUAAGGGACGAACAACGAUUGUGAUAGCACACCGGUUGUCCACCAUCACGGCCGCCGAUAACAUCGUGGUCAUGUCCGAGGGGCGGAUUAUCGAGCAGGGAACGCACAACGGGCUCCUUGAAAAACAAUCAAUCUACUAUGACCUGAUUGAAAAGCAGCGCAUCUACGCUGAAAAGCAGAAUGCGUUGAAAGCAGUCGAAGAGCCGGUCCCAACAGAUCCAGAGAAACAUCUCAUUAUUACAGACCAAGUCAGAGAACGGAAAGAAAAACAGUCAGAUGAGUCUACCAAUCCAACAGAGUGGAAAGAAAGACAAUACUCGACAUGGAAACUGGUUCGCUUUGUCGCUAGCUUGAACAGAGACCAAACAGUUCCUAUGCUGGGUGGUCUGUUGUUCUCCAUCAUUGCCGGCGCCGCACAUCCGACUCAGUCAGUUUUCUUCGCCAAAAUGGUCUCGUCACUUUCCAGAACACCAUCCAACUACGAUGCUCUCCGUCGGGACGUCAACUACUGGAGCUGGAUGUAUCUCAUGAUCGGAUUUACCACGUUGAUAGGUUGGUUAGGGCAGGGCGUCUGCUUCGCAUACUAUUCGCAGAGUCUCACCCAUCGGGCGCGAAGACAGACAUUGGAAACGGUUCUGCAUCAGGAUAUCGGCCUUUUUUCCAGCCCGCAACACUCAUCCGGGGUGUUAACAGCGACAUUGUCAACCAGUGCCUCCAAUCUGGCUGGCAUGAGCGGCGUCACUUUGGGAACCGCCUUCGUUAUUCUUACCACGCUGAUUGCCGGAUUUGUACUGUCCGCUGCGAUCGGUUGGAAGCUGGCACUCGUGUGUGCGUGUAUGAUUCCAAUCCAGCUGGGAUGUGGGCUACUCCGGCUUAAAGCCCUAGCCAUCCUCGAGAGCAAGUCGCGCAAGGCGUAUGAGGCUUCGGCAACGUACGCCUGCGAGGCGAGUGCCGCCAUCCGAACCGUGGUGUCUCUGACACUGGAGCAGCAUAUCCAAAAAACAUAUCAUGACAUUCUCUCCGCUUCCCGUCGGAGCUCUCUGCUUUCCAUUAUCCAGUCCUCUGUUCUGUACGCCGCAUCACAAUCGUUCAACUUCCUGUGCUCAGGGCUGGCGUUUUGGUACGGCAGUCGGCUGGUGAUGACGGAUCACUACAGCAUGUUCCAGUUUUUUGUCUGCUACACGGCGAUUAUUGCGGGGUCGUACUCCGCCGGGGCGAUUUUCGCGUUUGCUCCCGACAUGGGCAAGGCAAAGGCUGCCGCAAGAGAUCUUAAGAAUCUCAUGGACCGUCCGGUGUCCAUCGAUUCCCGUCGAUCACAAGACGGGACGCGACGCUCUGCAGUCGAGGGGCACAUCCAGUUAGAGCAUGUAACGUUCAGCUACCCGACACGGAGUGAUCGAACUGCCCUGGAAGAGAUCAGUCUUACCGUGGAGCCGGGGCAGUAUGUUGCCCUGGUCGGAGCCAGUGGCAGUGGUAAGAGUACCAUCGUUUCAUUAUUGGAGCGAUUCUUCGACCCCUCUUCCGGACGAGUCCUCGUCGACCAUCAAGAUAUCAAGUCUUGGAGUGUGAAGGACUACCGCAGCCAUAUAUCACUCGUCAAUCAAACUCCGACUCUUUAUGAUGGGAGCAUUCGCGACAACAUCCUGCUUGGGAUGGGCGGUGAUGCAGAAACAAUAUCGGAGGAUGCCAUCUGCCGGGUGUGCAAAGAGGCCAAUAUAUACGACUUUAUCUCUUCUCUUCCCGAUGGAUUCGCAACCCUCGUCGGUGCGCGGGGAACCAUGUUGUCAGGCGGACAGAAACAGCGCAUCGCCAUAGCUCGAGCUUUGCUGCGGAACCCACGGAUUUUGCUUCUAGACGAAGCAACAUCUGCUCUGGAUUCUGAGUCGGAAAAGGUGGUCCAGGUUGCCCUUGACGCGGCGUCCCGUGGCCGGACGACGCUUGCUGUGGCUCAUCGGAUCAGCACGGUGCAGAAUGCGGACUGUAUACAUGUUCUUGAAAGUGGACGGAUUGUCGAACAGGGAAAUCACCAGACUUUGAUGGCGUUGAAGGGCCGGUAUUACGAGCUGGUCAAGCUGCAGAGUGUAGAGUGA